AUGCUGUUUGAAGUGACGAUCCUGUUGAUUCUGGGAACAGUGAACUGCGCUGGCAAUUUCCGGGACAGAAAUGACAAUGAGCUAAUACCAGAUAGUGCUAAAGUAUCCGGGACAGAGAAUGAAGACGACCCCGCAACAGAUGCUAUUGAUCUAGACUGGCAAACUGAGGCGGUGAUAAGUGAAAAUACUGACGGUGCAAGCUGGUUAAAGGUAUCCCUAGACCAGCUUUCUUGUGUGGAACAAAUUAUCUGGUACCACACUGAUACAACCCCUCGGCAAACAUGGACCUGCUCUGAAAGUGAAAACGAAUGCUCUGUAUGUACAGAUAGUGAUGAUGGUGACGAUAGUGAAUCAGCUUGUGCUUCUUUUUCCCUGACAGUCAGCAUUGAGGGACCUAGACCAGAAAAUAUCCCAACUAUUGCUCCACACGAUGUUGCUGAUUGCGUAUUUGGAAACACAUUUUUGUUACAACAUCAAGACGGUUCUGAAUUCACUGUCUUCGAGAUGGCCAUCAUUGGACAAGAAGCUACCCGAACAAGAAGUGAUGGUGAAAUAAUGCCAGGAAAUGUGGAACUAUCAGGAACAGAGCCCAGUGGCAACGACCCUGCAGAAUACGCCAUUGAUCUUUUCUGGACUAGUGCAGCGGUUGUAAGUGAAAAUACUGACGAUAGUGAUGAUGGUGAUUCAACUUGUGCUUCUUUUUCCCUGACAGUCAGCAUUGAGGGACCUAGACCAAACAAUAUCCCAACUAUUGCUCCACACGAUGUUGCUGAUUGCGUAUUUGGAAACACAUUUUUGUUGCAAAAAGAGGACGGUUUAGAAUUCACUGUCAUCGAGAUGGCCAUCAUUGGACAAAAAGCUACCCGAAGCAGAAGUGAUGGUGAGAUAAUGCCAGGAAAUGUGGAACUAUCAGGAACAGAGCCCAGUGGCAACGACCCUGCAGAAUACGCCAUUGAUCUUUUCUGGACUAGUGCAGCGGUUGUAAGUGAAAAUACUGACGGUGCAAGCUGGUUAAAGGUAUCCCUAGACCAGCUUUCUUGUGUGGAACAACUUAUCUGGUACCACACUGAUACAACCCCUCGGCAAACAUGGACCUGCUCUGAAAAUAAAAACGAAUGCUCUGUAUGUACAGAUAGUGAUGAUGGUGACGAUAGUGAUUCAGCUUGUGCUUCUUUUUCCCUGACAGUCAGCAUUGAGGGACCUAGUUCAAAAACUAUCCCAACUAUUGCUCCACACGAUGUUGCUGAUUGCGCAUUUGGAAACAUAUUUUUGUUGCAAAAGGAGGACGGUUCCGAAUUCACUGUCUUCGAGCUAGCUGUCAUCGGAGUUGAAGAAGCUACGCGAACAAGAAGUGAUGGUGAGAUAAUGCCGGGAAAUGUAAAACCAUCAGGAACAGAGCCCAGUGGCAACGACCCUGCAGAAUACGCCAUUGAUCUUUUCUGGACUAGUGCAGCGGUUGUAAGUGGAAAUACUGACGGAGCAAGCUGGUUAAAGGUAUCCCUAGACCAGCUGUCUUGUGUGGAACAACUUAUCUGGUACCACACUGAUACAACCCCUCGGCAAACAUGGACCUGCUCUGAAAAUAAAAACGAAUGCUCUGUAUGUACAGAUAGUGAUGAUGGUGACGAUAGUGAUUCAGCUUGUGCUUCUUUUUCCCUGACAGUCAGCAUUGAGGGACCUAGACCAGAAAAUAUCCCAACUAUUGCUCCACACGAUGUUGCUGAUUGCGCAUUUGGAAACACAUUUUUGUUGCAAAAGGAGGACGGUUCCGAAUUCACUGUCUUCGAGCUAGCUGUCAUCGGAGUUGAAGAAGCUACCCGAACAAGAAGUGAUGGUGAGAUAAUGCCGGGAAAUGUGGAACUAUCAGGAACAGAGCCCAGUGGCAACGACCCUGCAGAAUACGCCAUUGAUCUUUUCUGGACUAGUGCAGCGGUUGUAAGUGAAAAUACUGACGGUGCAAGCUGGUUAAAGGUAUCCCUAGACCAGCUGUCUUGUGUGGAACAACUUAUCUGGUACCACACUGAUACAACCCCUCGGCAAACAUGGACCUGCUCUGAAAAUAAAAACGAAUGCUCUGUAUGUACAGAUAGUGAUGAUGGUGACGAUAGUGAUUCAGCUUGUGCUUCUUUUUCCCUGACAGUCAGCAUUGAGGGACCUAGACCAGAAAAUAUCCCAACUAUUGCUCCACACGAUGUUGCUGAUUGCGCAUUUGGAAACACAUUUUUGUUGCAAAAGGAGGACGGUUCCGAAUUCAUUGUCUUCGAGCUAGCUGUCAUCGGAGUUGAAGAAGCUACCCGAACAAGAAGUGAUGGUGAGAUAAUGCCGGGAAAUGUGGAACUAUCAGGAACAGAGCCCAGUGGCAACGACCCUGCAGAAUACGCCAUUGAUCUUUUCUGGACUAGUGCAGCGGUUGUAAGUGAAAAUACUGACGGUGCAAGCUGGUUAAAGGUAUCCCUAGACCAGCUGUCUUGUGUGGAACAACUUAUCUGGUACCACACUGAUACAACCCCUCGGCAAACAUGGACCUGCUCUGAAAAUAAAAACGAAUGCUCUGUAUGUACAGAUAGUGAUGAUGGUGACGAUAGUGAUUCAGCUUGUGCUUCUUUUUCCCUGACAGUCAGCAUUGAGGGACCUAGUCCAAACAAUAUCCCAACUAUUGCUCCACACGAUGUUACUGAUUGUGCUUUUGGAAACACAUUCUUGUUGCAAAAAGAGGACGGUUCCGAAUUCACUGUCUUCGAGCUAGCUGUCAUCGGAGUUGAAGAAGCUACCCGAACAAGAAGUGAUGGUGAGAUAAUACCGGGAAAUGUGGAACUAUCAGGAACAGAGCCCAGUGGCAACGACCCUGCAGAAUACGCCAUUGAUCUUUUCUGGACUAGUGCAGCGGUUGUAAGUGAAAAUACUGACGGUGCAAGCUGGUUAAAGGUAUCGCUAGACCAGCUGUCUUGUGUGGAACAACUUAUCUGGUACCACACUGAUACAACCCCUCGGCAAACAUGGACCUGCUCUGAAAAUAAAAACGAAUGCUCUGUAUGUACAGAUAGUGAUGAUGGUGACGAUAAUGAUUCAGCUUGUGCUUCUUUUUCCCUGACAGUCAGCAUUGAGGGACCUAGUCCAGAAAAUAUCCCAACUAUUGCUCCACACGAUGUUGCUGAUUGCGCAUUUGGAAACACAUUUUUGUUGCAAAAGGAGGACGGUUCCGAAUUCACUGUCUUCGAGCUAGCUGUCAUCGGAGUUGAAGAAGCUACCCGAACAAGAAGUGAUGGUGAGAUAGUACCGGGAAAUGUGGAACUAUCAGGAACAGAGCCCAGUGGCAACGACCCUGCAGAAUACGCCAUUGAUCUUUUCUGGACUAGUGCAGCGGUUGUAAGUGAAAAUACUGACGGUGCAAGCUGGUUAAAGGUAUCCCUAGACCAGCUUUCUUGUGUGGAACAACUUAUCUGGUACCACACUGAUACAACCCCUCGGCAAACAUGGACCUGCUCUGAAAAUAAAAACGAAUGCUCUGUAUGUACAGAUAGUGAUGAUAGUGACGAUAGUGAUUCAACUUGUGCUUCUUUUUCCCUGACAGUCAGCAUUGAGGGACCUAGUCCAAAAACUAUCCCAACUAUUGCUCCGCACGAUGUUACUGAUUGCGCAUUUGGAAACACAUUUUUGUUGCAAAAAGAGAACGGUUCCGAAUUCACUGUCUUCGAGCUAGCUGUCAUCGGACAAGAAGCUACGCGAAAAAGAGGUGAUGAUGAGGUAAUGCCAGGAAAUGUGGAACUAUCAGGAACAGAGCCCAGUGGCAACAACCCCGCAGAAUACGCCAUUGAUCUUUUCUUGACUAGUGCAGCGGUUGUAAGUGAAAAUGCUGACGGUGCAAGCUGGUUAAAGGUAUCGCUAGACCAGCUGUCUUGUGUGGAACAACUUAUCUGGUACCACACUGAUACAAUCCCUCGGCAAACAUGGACCUGCUCUGAAAAUGAAAACGAAUGCUCUGUAUGUAGAGAUAGUGACGAUAGUGAUUCAGCUUGUGCUUCUUUUUCCCUGACAGUCAGCAUUGAGGGACCAAGGCCAGAAAAUAUCCCAACUAUUGCUCCACACGAUGUUACUGAUUGCGUAUUUGGAAAUACAUUCUUGUUGCAAAAAGAGGACGGUUCCGAAUUCACUGUCUUCGAGAUGGCCAUCAUCGGACAAGAAGCUACCAGAAAAAGAGGUAAACGAGAGGUCAUACCAGAAAAUAUAAAAAUGACUGGUGCCGAUAGUGAGAACAAUCACGCAGAAUACGCUAUUGAUCUCUUCUGGGCAAGUGCUGCAGUUGUAGGUGAGAAUUCUGACGGAGUGAGUUGGUUGAAGGUGUCUUUAGACAAGAUUGCUUGUGUGGAGAAAGUUAUCUGGUACAACACAGAUAAGACAGCUUUCCAGACCUGGACCUGCACUGAAAACGAAUGCUCUGUAUGUACGGAGAGUGCCAAUACCUCAACUUGUCCCUCAUUUUCUCUGACAGUUUUUGUCGAAGGAACUUCUUCAGAAAACGUCGCUGGUUGUGUUAUAGGGAAUGAGCUCUUGUUACGGAAAGUGAUCGGUUCUAAUUUCACUGUCUUCGAGAUAGCUGUUUUCGGAUCAGGAGAAGUCACAAGAGCAAGGCAACCUAGUGAGAUACCACCAGUAAAUGCGGAAAUAUCAGGAACGGAUUCCACUGUAACCGACCCCGCAAUAUACGCUAUUGAUAUGUUCUGGCAGAGUGCAGCUGUCAUUGGAGAAGACUCUUACGGAGUUAGCUGGUUGAAGGUAAAUAUGGACCAAGUUUACUGUGUUCAGCUAGUGCACUGGUGGAAGGAGUUUACCCCCAAUACCCGUCCUUGGCAGACCUGGUCCUGUUCUCAGGAGGGGUGUGGUAACUGUGAAAGUACUCAUGGUACCUGUGAGUUUUACUCUCUUGCAGUAAGCAUUGAUGGAGCAUAUCAUGACAACAUUCCGGUAACCUCCGAGUGUGUUUUCGGAGAUAUGGUCUUCUUACGGAAGGAGGUCGGUUCUUAUUUCACUGUGAACGAGAUAGCCGUCGUUAUAAGACAAGAAAUGUUAACCGUUGGAUGGAGAGACCAACCCAAGGGUACCUGGUUCAAAUAUCGUUUGGAUGAAAUCCCUUUCGAGGUGAUAACAGUCUCCAAACUAGGCAGUAACGAUACAAUAACUUUCGAAGUGACUGGCUCCAUUAAACCACUCCUCAGCUCCGCAAGGGUCGUCGUUGUCAUGGAUACAGAUCCAACGUUCUACGUAGAGGAUUGCCACCAUGUUUCACUGAUGGUUAAUGUUCCAGUAGCUCCGGAUAAUGUGCGGGUGUGGAGGUUUAUUAAACACGGAGUUCAGGGUCUGGAGAUCAGGUGUAAUGGUGUUCAGGUGGCGGAGAUAGAGUUUGGUGAUGCUCCUGAUGAGAGGUGUAGAGAUUCGGUUUGGGUUGAUGCUGAGCGGGGGGUUCGGUACAUUAACAUCCUUGAUGAGGACGAUACGGUCAGAGUAAAAGAGAUCUGUCAAGCACCACUGCCUGUCAUGCCCAAUAUCGCUCUAGAGGGAUCCUUCGGCCUGUUUGGUGAUACAGUUACUCUAUCGUGUGACAAGAAAGACUUUGUAUGGCAUGGGGCGGAUCAGAUCACUUGUGUGAAGGGAGAUGAUGGAUCAGAUUACUACGCGUAUGAAGGGGAGGAACCUGAAUGUAAUGAUCCGGAAGAGGAAGCAAGGGAAGUAGAACUGGAAUGGGAUAUGAAUGUAUGGGAGGCCCUGAUCGGACUGAAUACCCCAAAGUACCCUGUAUGUAACCCGUACUAUAAGGAGUACUAUCAGGACCUCAACUACUACGACCAGGAAGUCUACUCUUUCUACAUGGAUUACAAGAGUUUCCAGGCUAUCGGAGACAUAUUCAAAUCCUUCGUGGCGGCACUUUUCUCAACUUUAGGGUUAUUCGAAUGGGUUGAUAUCGUGUAUGAUAAGUUUAAGAGCGGGAUUCCUCCAAUCUCUGAAAUCCUAUCGCUCCUCAACAUGCAGAUAUCCUGGUGUGCAGUGAUCAUACUCUGUGCCUUCAUCCUCCUCCUCACUAUCCUAAAAUUUUUACUCUCACUCUUCUCUAUAAUGUUGAGUAGUGGUCCGUCCAUCCAGAAGCCAAGCCCCUGGAAUACCUCUCUUAAAAACACGUACGGGUGCGCCAUGUUCGCGAUAGUGGCCGUGUUUUUCGUGUGCACACUCUGUGGUUUGUUAGCAAACAUGCAUAUAAAGCUGAGUAAGGAUAUGUUCGUGGACUUUGUGGACAAGACCGAGCUGUACUUAGAAAGAUAUCUCAGCAAUGUUACUAGGGAUAUGGCUGCUAUUGGAGUGGACGAGUUCGGGUUCUUGCACACAAAUCUGGAGGGGACUAUAGAAGAUUACCAGCACAAAGCUGCUACAGCAACAAUGCAGGUGGAGGAACCCUACGCUGUCGAAUAUAACAACACGCUGGUCCGGAUGCAGAAACUACAGUGGCAGGUCCAGGAUACCCUAAAUAAAAGUAUGAUCUUACUGCAGGAGAUGAAUAGUAUCUUAGAGGACAAGCAGGGUGAGCUGACGUACUGUUACAAUGGUGUGGUCUGGUAUUGUAAAACCAGGAAAACAUUCUGUGACGAUGUGUUCAAUGCAACUAAUGUUGAACCGUUGAGGAUGGUAGCCGGUGCAGAUGUGGCAAACUGGCCCUACAUAUCGGAAUUCAACGAAAUUGUGGCAUUUGACAUACCUGGAUUUACGUUCAAAAACUGGAAAAUAUGGAACACCACAAUCGAGGACUUGAUGAACCACAACGAGCCUUACAGAAUUGAACACAUGGAACACAACAUCAAACUCCUGGCAUGGAUCACUGAAAACCUCCCCAAAAUAGAAACCAUAAAAGAAUCCUGGAAGCUGAGCCUGGCAGGAGGGGUCCCAUCACGUGACCCCGCUUACUCCUCCACCUCCUCCUCCUCCCAGCAGAGUAGCUACACUCACUGGCUCACUGUAGCCGUGUUCCUUAUCUCCUUUCUAACCUGCUGUGCUCUGUGUGGCUCUCUUCGCGUGUGGUCUUUGUACCGCCGAUGAGAACUCGGACAAGCCCACUGAGAGAUCUGGGAGUUCUAAUAACAUAGCGACCAUCAUGAAGGUAGCCACUCUCUCUCUGUACGUGCAAGCUAUUGUUGUGCUGGCGCUCACUAUACCCAACUUUACCAUUUCAAGUGUGCUGACGGAAUCCUGUCGGUUAGCUAACGGUACUGACGGUACUGAUGGUAUGAACCCCUUCUGGUUAUGGGACAAUGGCACCGCCACCAGUACCAGUAUUAUUUCUAGAGCUAUUGGUGACAUGUCCUCAGAUGUAAGGUUUUCUGACUUGAUUACAGGUUGCAGGGAAAAUGAAGCGCUUUACAAGGUUUUGAAUCUGACGAGUAUCUGGGAUCCAGCGAGCAACUUUUAUCUGGACGAUUUCCUUGACUACUCUAGAGUUGCAGAAAAAAGCAGUCUUAACCCCCACGAGCAUUGGUACAAAACCUUUUACACGACAGAAGAAAAGGGAAAGAUAAUGACGGGAAUAUCUACAUCAGAUGUGGACCUAAAGGAGGAAGAAGGAGAGUUGCACACCAUACUACCAUACUUGGACGAUCUAACAGAAACAGACAGAGGUCUUGUCACACUGUCUCCUGAAAAGUACGAACAGUUUAAGAAGAAGGCAACUACGGCAAAAAACAGCCUGUACUGGGGGGCUCAAAGAUCGCAACUGCAGGGAUGUGUCAACAACAUGGGAUAUCUGCAAAGGGACUGGGUAUCUGAUAAUGAUGAACUUGUUGCAAAGUCCACAAUGUACAGAACGAACAGUGUGUUGUUAAUGGGCAUGUUGCGAAACUUGCAUCAAGAAUUUGAAAUUGCAAUCUCCUUAAACGAGGAAAUGUUCAACAAAAGCGAGUCAACGUACCGAACAAAAAUGAUGGAAGUGCUCCCCGUGGCAGAAAGUCACGUGACAUGUUACAGAGACAUAGCCACACACCAGCUUACGGAGAUAGUGGGGCGGUGUGGUCCUCUCUACAACAUCUACCUCAGUACAUUUAACAUGGUGUGCGGAGCUCUGGCUCCCACCUCCGCGGUCAUGACCCUGCUCCUCCUCAUCCUCUCGCUCGGUAUACUCCUCCUAAUUAUCAACCUGUCUCUGUCAGUACCCCACUUUCAGAGGAUGGAUGAGCCAAAUUCUGCUGAUAAAACUCCGGUGAAAGAGGUGGUUGGUAAUCAUGGGGUAACGGAGACCAAAGUGUGAGGAGUCGAGUAUGUUGAGAGAGUUUAGAGUGGACCAGGCUGUGACGUCAUGACGUUAAUAUGCUGAUAUGCUAAAUAUGCUAAUUAUGCUGAUAUAUAUGCCUGUUUCAAGUCAAGUUUAUGACUGUUUCUGAUCGGUGGGGUUGCAUUCUUACAAUGGAAAAUGAUACUGUUUUAAUCAUAUAGGACUCGAUAGCAAUCCCAACAGUCCACGGAUACAACAGAGUAAGAUUCGUACUGUAUAUAAUUGAGAAUUUACAUUUUUGUACAAGAAAGCUCCUAGCUCAGAUUCUAUACGAUUUCUUACCUGGCACCAGCCGCACAUUUUUUCUUACAAUCAAAUUAAAUAACGAGAAAAUAUGUACAUUAGUUUCUUUUAUCAAAAUCCAGAUUUACCAC